AUGGCGAUGCCACCGCUUCCCCCCGGCUGGCAGUGGGACUUUGACGCUGCCUCGCAGCGAUGGUGCUUUCUGCACGUUAGUACGGGUCACAAGCAAACAAAUUUUCCAAAUGCCGGAGACGAACAACAGGCAAACUUCGCAGCAGCACCCAGCGAAGAAUUCUAUCUAUUGCAAGGUCAGCAACCUCUGCAUGGCCAAGUCACUGCGACUACCACUGUAGUCACCUCUCAGCCGACCAAAAGCGAUGAUGACCUGACCGACUUCGCCCGCGUAACAGCGGCUAUGGCAUCUGUAUCAAUGGGCGUUGCUCCAGAAUCCACGGUUCUCCAAGUCCAUGCACCCAGCCCUGUCGCAAUUGACAUGCCAAUGCCACGAGAGGCGGCGAAGUUGGCGCAGACGGACGCGCCGCCGUUACCGGUUGCUACGCCAGCAACAAGCACGGCGUCCCCUUGUCCAUCGCCACUCGGUGCUCAGACACUACAUUCAACCGAGCAGCAAGUCUUUUACCCUGCGCCUGCAGCAGCACCAUCGGUCUUCAUGCAUCGAACCCAGCCCGUGUGGUCAGAUCACGCAGCGUCAAGUGCACAUUCAUCUGCUACAGCACCAAACCCUCCGGCUGGCGAUAGAAUGCCCAAGACUGAUUCUGCAGUGUCUUUCCAGCCAGCCGAUACUUCUAGCUCGCCGGUGCUUUAUCCCGUACAGAGCACGCCACAGUUGCAGCAAGUCCAGUACCAACACCGACCUGAUAUCCACAGUGUCGCCAGUGCUCCGCAAGUCAUGCAGAGCUUCCAGCCACCGCCGACACCGUCUGAGGCUGCGGAUCAAGGCCAAGGAACAACUGACAAAGAUUCCAAGAUGAAGAAGAUGUCGAAAGGGUUCGGUAAGUGGGUGAAGGAGCAUCCAAAGAUGGCUAUCGGCGGCGCUGCGCUUGUUGAGGUCGCCGGCCUGGCAAUGGGUGUUGAUCCGCUCAGAGAUGCGGCGACGACUUACAGCCACAUGCAAAAUCACAAGGCGAAGAAGGCCGCACAGCAGCAUGCAGGAACGAGUCAGCAAGGUGUGCCGAUGGCUGCACCACAGCAUCCAAAUGCCGCUCGAGUCGGCCCAACUCAGCCUGGACAUCAGCAAAUGAGUGCCACGGGAGCUGGGCAGUCGCCCAGCUUUCAAUCACCGCAGAACGUUCCGCAGCCACCGCUAAGUUUUCAACAGCCAGCUCCGUCAUACAAGCAAACAGCUCAGUCAUACCAGCAAUCAGCUCAACCAUAUCAGUUGCCACCGCAGCAGUAUCAACCGCACCCGCAACAAUAUCCACAGACGCAGCAGUACCCACAGCCGCCGCAAAUAUAUCAGCAAACAUACCAACUACCGGCCUCACAUCAGUAUGCACAAGCACAACAGACACAGAACUUCUUGCAACAGCUGGGUGCUCAGCAAGCGUACCAGCAGCAACAGCAGCACGCCUUCAUCCUCAACGCCCAAGCACAGGCCUAUCAAACCAUCUUCGGUACAUCAGGCGUGCCUCCGGCUCAACCGCAAUCGGUACACGGUCAACGUGGAUCGGUGGUGGGAGGAAUUAUGGGAGGAGGCUUUGGAAAGAAGGUCGCUGGCGCUGUGGCAGGCGCCGUUAGUGCGGGAGCGUUGGGUGGCUUGGUAUCAGGCGCACUCGCCGGCGGUAGUACGCCCGCAAACUAUUCAGCCGCCGCAGCAGAUCAGCUAAUGUUCAGUCAAGCUGCAACCAGCGUAGCGUCAGAAGGCGAGUAUAAUUCAAUGGAGCUGAUUGAUGGAAUACACUACAAGCGGCCUGGAGAGGCUGGCUACGCUGGGUCAGAGUUCAUUUGA